GCUAUAAAUGGCUGGAGCCCGCAGUGCGGAGCCGCCGGCAGAGCUCAGGCUGCACAAGCGUCUUACUCCCGGCCCGCUCAUCUGCACCGGCCAGAGCCGGUACUCCUGGGUUCUGUCCAACUCCCCAGGACCUGCAGUCCAGCUCCGAGCAAUGGAUUGCAAAAACGGAUGUGUCUCCCAAUGCACCGGCCCAGGAGGACCCAAAGGCGCGCUGGAGACAUUUAAGGCUAAAGAUCUAAUCAUCACACCGGCCUCUACUCUGAAGGAAAAGCCAGACCCAGAGACACUGGUUUUCGGAACUGUCUUCACGGACCACAUGCUGAUGGUGGAGUGGUCCUCUGAGUGUGGCUGGGAGAAGCCUCACAUCAAGCCUCUGCAGAACCUGUCACUGCACCCUGCCUCUGCUGCCUUCCACUAUGCAGUGGAGUUAUUUGAAGGACUGAAGGCAUUUCGGGGAGUCGACAAUAAAAUUCGACUGUUUCGGCCACGUCUCAACAUGGAGAGAAUGCACUGUUCAGCGAAGAGGGCCACUUUACCGGGUUUUGACGAGGAAGAGCUUUUAGGAUGUAUCCAACAGCUUGUGAAACUGGAUCAGGAAUGGGUACCAUAUUCAACCUCUGCUAGCCUGUAUAUACGUCCUACAUUCAUCGGAACUGAGCCCUCUCUUGGGGUCAAGAAGCCCACCAAAGCCCUCAUCUUUGUCAUCCUGAGCCCCGUGGGACCUUAUUUUUCCAGUGGGACCUUUAACCCAGUGUCCCUGUGGGCCAAUCCGAAGUAUGUCCGAGCUUGGAAGGGAGGCACUGGGGACUGCAAAAUGGGAGGGAACUAUGGCUCAUCUCUCUUUGCUCAAUGUGAAGCGUUGGACAACGGCUGCCAGCAGGUCCUAUGGCUCUAUGGGGAGGAGGACCAGAUCACUGAAGUUGGAACGAUGAACCUUUUCCUGUACUGGAUAAAUGAAGAUGGAGAAGAGGAACUGGCGACUCCUCCGCUAGAUGGCAUCAUCCUUCCGGGAGUGACCAGGCAGAGCAUUCUGGACCUGGCGCACAAGUGGGGUGACUUUAAGGUGUCGGAGAGGUACCUCACCAUGGAUGACUUGAUCUCUGCUCUGGAAGGCGGCCGAGUGAGGGAGAUGUUUGGCUCCGGGACAGCUUGCAUUGUGUGCCCCGUGUCUGAUAUACUUUACAAGGGGGAGACUCUGCACAUCCCAACCAUGGAUAACGGUCCUCCUAAGCUUGCAAGCCGGAUCUUGGCCAAGUUGACGGAUAUUCAGUAUGGGAGAGAAGAGAGUGAUUGGACAAUCAUAGUUUCCUGAAUGGAAAGCACUGGAGAGCUUCAGUAUGCUGCUGGGACAAGAGUUAUGGUAGAUUUCUUUGGUGCCAUGUUUGCAGUUGCCUGUAUCCUUGAUGAGUUCCCAGGGUGAUUAUCUCCUCAGGUCAGAGACAAUGAACUGAACUCAUCCAACAGUGUGAUUGUGAACACUUGGUUGUAGACAUUUUUCCUUCCCUUCUCUUAGCAAGAUGAUUAUGCACAAGCCAUAGAGCAUAGAAUUCACCUCAGUAAUCUAGUGCCUCUCACAGUCUUCACUCCAGACACAAGGUGUUUGCUUAUCCUUGAGCCAGAAGUCACAUUCAACUCCUCAACCCAAUCAGCAUUUCUGUGCUUUGCAAGUGGUGUUGAAUAAAUUCCUCAGAGGUGACAUGUCGUGAGACAUAACCCUCAUCAUUAA